GAGUUAAUCUUGUACCGCCGUUUGGUGGCGCUACAUACCAACACAUGUAGAAAACACCACAGUUAUUCAACGUAGAAGAAGAAAUCCCCACGACUUUGACGUUUAGCAGCAGCAGUAUCUGUCCUGACCUUCUCACUGCAGCGUGACAAACUAAAAGAUGGCAGGAAGCGCAUUUGCAAGUUGGUGGACCAGGAUGAGCCCUUACUACACUAAGGUCUACCAGGAGGUCUGGGUGGGCAUGGGCUUGAUCACAUUAGUGUCCUACAAACUUGCUUUUGGAGGCAAGAAGGCUGUGGACAGCAAGCCUGCCCAUUGAGUUUCCCACCAUGCUGACCCCCCCUCCACCUGCUGUGAUAUUAAGGCCCAAUCGUUAGUCCAGAAGUCCCACUUCAUAUUUGAAUUUUUGUUAAUAUGGAACAAAUAAAGUUGCUAUCAUAAACCUAUCA